AUGGAAGAUUUGGAAUUAUUUCCAAAGAAUAAUCAAUUGAUAUUACCUAAAUCAUCGGUUGCGCAAUUUUUACCUGAUGAAUUUGAACAGAUGCGUAAUCAAUUAGCAAAAAUUUGGUGGUCUCGACUUAUUAUCUCUGUACGUGGUUACGUUGCAAAUUAUAUUGAGGAUAAUGAUGAGAAAUUAUUUCUUACUGAUGAUGCAUUUAUUAUCAUUCAUCGUAAUCUUGUCGAAUCUACCGUAACUAAUGCUAUAAAACAGGUUUUGUAA